GGUGAGUCCCACCCACUACGGCCCUGGGCCAAUGGAAAGCGAGGCCGCGCGCACGGGUGGGUGGGAACGGCGCCUGGUCGGCUAGUACGCCGUUGCCGUAACAACGGCCUAGGAGUCCGUCGGCGAUGGCCUCCAAUUUUAAAAAGGCAAACAUGGCAUCAAGUGCCCAGAGAAAAAGGAUGAGUCCUAAGCCAGAGCUGACUGAGGAGCAGAAGCAGGAAAUCCGGGAAGCUUUUGAUCUCUUUGAUGCAGAUGGGACAGGGACUAUCGAUGUAAAGGAACUAAAGGUGGCAAUGAGAGCCCUGGGUUUUGAGCCCAAGAAAGAAGAAAUCAAGAAAAUGAUAAGCGAAAUUGAUAAGGAGGGGACAGGCAAAAUGAACUUCAGUGACUUUCUGACUGUCAUGACUCAGAAGAUGUCUGAGAAAGACACCAAGGAAGAAAUCCUGAAAGCUUUCAAGCUCUUCGAUGAUGAUGAAACCGGGAAAAUAUCCUUCAAAAAUCUGAAGCGUGUGGCCAAGGAGCUGGGCGAGAACCUGACGGAUGAGGAGCUGCAGGAGAUGAUUGAUGAAGCCGAUCGAGAUGGAGAUGGAGAGGUGAACGAGCAGGAGUUCCUGCGCAUCAUGAAGAAGACCAGCCUCUAUUAGGGUGGUGCUGCCACUCCUGCCGCGAGCACCGUGACUAGAUUAGUGUCUGCUGCCUCAUGACAUCUGGCUCCCCCGUUACCCAGUACCACUGCAGCCAUGACCUCAAAUCUGUUUUGCACUUUUGGAAGUGUUCUUUGAUAUUAAAGUUCUUUGUAAAAUGAUCUGCUGAUUACUUUAAUUCUUGAAAGCAGAAUGAGGCAACAUCUGAGUAAGGAGAAGGGUCUUGGGGGUCGCCCACCUGCCGCUUCUCCUGGCCUCGCCGCACUCUUGUCAGUUUCCGCACAAACGAGGAGCAACUUCCCCAGCUAAGCACAUGUGUGGUUGGGUCACCACUGGCCAUGGUCCCUUCUCCGUGGUUCCCCUACUCAUCUGGUCCCCAAGUACCACGUUCGCUUUUGCAAAACCCAGUGAACCCUUGUGCUGGCAUUUGGAUGUGUGUUACUGCUGUUUGUUUUGUCUUAAAAAUAAAACUUCGCAGUUUGA